AUGCAGACUCCGCCGCCUAGGAUACCUGUCCUGAAUAUCAUUCGCCUUGAAUUUACCGGAACCAAACUGAACACAAAUGUUGAGCCACCAUCAGUGGUGCUCGAGCUCAGCUGGGUAGAUCGGUUCUUUCGCCUGACAGAAGUAAGACCGAAAGUGCAAAAAUAUGUGCUAAUGUCAGCCCAGGACAGCUAUACGGAUUUCCACAUUGACUUCAGCGAAACAUCUGUGUGGUAUCACAUUUUUGAAGUAAGCGAACGGUCCAUUAAUUAUCUGCUAUUAGUUCCACCGACGAUUUACAAUUUGGAAAAAUACAAAGAAUGGAUAAACUCAGAUGAGCAGUAUGAAAAAUUUUUGGGUGCAGAACGCCAUUGCGAUAAACUGGAGUUGAAUCAAGGCGAAACCAUUCUUGCGCCAAGUGGAUGGUAA